AUGUUCUCUCUUAUCUUCUUCACCAUCUUACUAGCCUUCCUCAUCUUCUUCACCAUCUUCCUCGCCUUCGUCAAUAUCUUCACCAUCUUCUUCACCAUCUCCCUUGCUUUCCUCAUCUUCUUCACCAUCUUCCUCACCUUCUUCAUCUUCUUCACCAUCUUCGUAGCCUUCCUCAUCUUCUUCACCAUCUUCCUUGCCUUCCUCAACUUCUUCACCAUCUUCCUCGCCUUCCUCAGCUUCUUCAUCUUCCUCGCCUUCCUCAGCUUCUUCAUCUUCCUCACCUUCCUCAUCUUCUUCACCAUCUUCCUCGCCUUCCUCAUCAUCUUCCCCGGCGUGCGCAAGCAGCGCUUCACCACGUUCACCAGCGUCACUCUGAGUCUCUUCGUGGGGACUGUUAUUCUGGUGGCGAGGCACGGGUCGGGCUGGCACGUGGGCUCGGCGGAGAUCGUCGGCUCCUACAAGGCCUUCUCGCGGGAGAAGGUUGUGGCCGGCCUGGGCGCCUACGUCGGCCUGGAACACGUCAACGUCACCCUCACAGCGCUGCCCGGCGCGGCUAACAGCAGCAGCGGGGGCAGCAGCGGGGGCGGAGAGGACAUCAGGUUCAACGAGCGGUUCUCGUGGCGCGGGCCGCGCGAGAUGGGCCGCUGCUACAAGGACUCGCUGGUGCGCGGGCUGCCCUUCCCCAUCCUGACCGUGGCCGAGUACUUCAGCCUGGCGCAGGAGGGCUUCUCCUGGGGCGGCCAGUACCGCGCCGCCGGCUACUACGCCUCCAUCAUCCUCUGGACGGCGUUCGGCGCGUGGCUGCUGAUGAACCUGCUGCUGGUGGUGGUGCCUCGCUACGGCGCCUACGCCAUGGCGGCGACGGGCGGGCUGCUGCUGCUCGCCGACCUCGUGUACUACGGCCUGCUGCCCGCCACCCCGCUUGUCGUGCACCUGGAGGGCAGCGCGCUCGCCUUCUCGCUGGGCUGGUGCUUCUGGGUGGUGCUGUGCGCAGGCAUGCUGUGCGUGGUGUCCGGGACGGUGAUCGCCACCGUCGACGUGGUGUACCCUCACCGCUUCUCCACCGUGCUGGAGGUGGACUACGACACGCCCUACGACCGCCACAUCAUCAUCGAGGAGUCGCACGACACGCGCAACAAGAAGAAGAACAACAACACCGGCGGCCAACAGUCCGCGCCUGGCCCGCGCCUAGAGCAGCCUCCCGGGGUAGGGCUCGGCACCAAGCUACUCAGGCGACUCUCGAAGCGGGAGACGCCGGAGCGACGUGGCAUCGACAACGACGCCUUCGAGAUGGACCCGCCCAAGUCGCCGUGGCGCUACCCCUUCCAGCGGAGCAUGCUGGCGGCAUCGCGGCUCGCCGCCUCCUCGGGGGCGGGCCCGGGGGCGGCCCGGCAGCCCGCCUCGUCCCCGCUGCCGCCGCUGCCGCCGCUCUUCGGCCGCACGCUGUCGCAGGACUCGGCCAGCAGCGGUGAAUCCAGCCUGGGGCUGACCUUCCUGCUGCGCGAGGCGCCAGCCUCCGUGCACGAGGACCCUGCGGCUGCCGUGCGGAGGAUUCCGAUGGAAAAGCAGGUUCAACAAGAUGUUGCGAUGUGGUGACAAGAUGAAGAUGUUUAUUCUUGCGACCAAAAUUAACUAUACAUAACAGGGUCAUGUGAUCCAACGAAUUAAAAAUUAAAAAUAAAACUCUAUGGCUGUAAAUAAAAACGUUUACUAAGAAAUUUGCAAAUCUAGAAGCUGUGAAUUUUCUGUUAUAAUUAUUCAGUUGAGAAAGUGCUAUCACAAUUAUGUGACUGUUGAACUGGUGAAAGUAUUUGUUUAGGUUGCUUGUUGCCAUGGGAAGAUACAUGUUCAAAAAUAAAUAUUAUGUUACAAUUUGUUUAAAAAAUUUUUGUUAAACUUAAUUUGCAGCACCUGCGUUCAUAGAUAUUUUAUGGAUCAAAUAUUUAUAACCAUUACACACAUAGAAACACUGGAGCUAGUCAUUUUUACUUGAACCAAAUAUAUCAUUAUUAAUCAAUUUGGCCUUGGAUUAGUAUACGUAUUUGAUUUAUAAUUGAGUCAUGAUUAGCAUAUUUUAUCAAAUGUCCAAAUAAUUGUAUAAAACAACUAUAGUUCAAACAAUAUUUCGAGUUAAUGUAGAUGGCAAAAAUGGUUGUGUAUUUGUUUGCUACACUUGAUCUAUCAUCUACACCAUGUUUUUUAUAUGAUCAAAAAAAAUUUCAUAUUUUUUUUUAAUGUAUCUUUUGAUAAAUUCAAGCUUACUUUCUUUGAUUUAGUUACAUACUAAACUUUGUCCUUACAUGUUUGUACAGUUAAUGUCUAUUUGGAAAAAUAAUCUUAUAAAAGUGGUAACAAAAAAAAGUUAAAUUGUAUCACGUCAUUAAAGAGGUGCCUCCCAUUUCAGGUCAUGAUUUUAAAUUAUAUUAAUCACUGAUCAACUUUUAGACUUUUUCAAUUAUUUAACUUUCACGAAAUGAAAAAUAUAUACCGCGCAUACUUUUUGCAUAAUUAGCUGCCAAAGUUACAUUUUUAACGUUUUUGGGUUGUACAAAUAAGAAUAAUUUAAUUUAUUGCAGAACUGAAACUUUUUAGGUUUAACUGCAAUGACACAGGCUACUUCAUGAUAUGGUUUUCAUUUAUAUCACAAAAACUCAUUUCAUGUUUCUUGGCUGUCAAAAUCGUAACAAAUUUGAGAGUUUUCAAAUGCCAGGAAAAAUUAAUUAAUAUUUUCUGAAAGAAAUUCAAACCAUUUAUUGAAGUACCCAAUGGCAUUGCAGUUAAACCUAAAAAUUUUCAGUUCUGCAAUGAAUUAAAUUCUCCUUAUUUGUACAACCCAAAAACACUAAAAAAAUGUAACUUCGGCAGCUAAUUAUGCAAAACAUAUGCGCUGUUAAUAUUUUUAAUUUCGUGAAAGUUAAACAAUUGAAAAAGUCUACAAGUUUAUCUGUAAUUACUGUAAAUAUAAAAUCAUGACCUGAAACGGGAGGAACCCCCUUCAAGACCUAAUUUAUAAAUACUAAAUCAAUAAGUGUUGGCAUAAAUAUUUUUAACAAAAAUAAUUAAGUAUUAAACAAUUUUUUUCAAGUAAUUAAAAACAAUUUCUCUUAUACUAAAAUACAAUAAAAAAAAUUUGUAAUUGGGUAUGUUAAGGCUGAAUUUUCUCCUAUGGUAAUUGGUUAUGUGAUUUUGUUAAUCGUUCUGAACAGCCACAUUGUGAUUGAGAACUGAAAUGUAUUUGUUGUAUAGGCGUAGUUAGUUGUAUCUUAUAUGUGAUAUAGCCGUAUUUGGUCGACGAAUAGCUUGACUUACGUAUUCUAUGUGAUUGUAUGUUAAGUGUUAAUUGUACCCGUUGACAUACAGUGUGAUAUUUAGUUAUAUAAUUUUUAUUAUUUGUUCCACAUCUUAAGCUGAAGCACUUUUGUACAUAUUUUAUUGACUUUUAUUUAACUUCUGAACAUAGAAUAUAGUUGUGCUAAAUCAUCAGCUUUCCUAGAAAGAAAAUUUGAAAUAUUAUUUGAUAAUUUUGUAUUUAUAAGUAAUUUAGUAUAUCUUUCUUCGUACAAAGGAGAAGGUUAAUUUCUUUUUACUUGGUAAAAUUUAGUGUUAUGUCCUGUCAUAAACUUAUAAUACUUAGAUAUAAGUAUUUUUGAUUGAAACAAUAUAUUUAAAAUGAAACAUGUGUAAUAGUUUCAGAGUUGCUAUGCCAGGAUUUAGUGAACAACACUAAGUUCCUACAAUAAAGAGUUAAAUUUGGAAUAAAACUUUUUAAUGUAUAUGUAGUUUAAGAAGCCUAACAAAUGAAAAAAAGACUAUAAGAAAAAUUAAUGUUGAUGUAGCCAUUCGGUUGCAAUUGACUGUCAUUGAAAAAUAUUGUAAACUUUUUUUGAAAUAUUGCUUACCUUUUUUCUCAAUUAAUUAUAAUAGUUUUAUUUUAAAAUAUUUGUUUUCUGUUUUAUUUCAUGAAGAAAUUUUGUAUUAUGUUAGUUUUCAUGUUGUGAUUAAAUAAUAGUAUGAUUUAUUCAUAUUUGUUUACUACACAACUAAAUAAUACAAAAACAUACAAUAAAAAUUCUUAAAUAUUGUACACUUCUGUUUAGUAAUAUUACAUUGAUUAUUAUUAUAUAAUAUAAUAUAUAAUAUUAUAUUGAUUUUAUUUAUAUUUAUUAUGCAGGUUUGCUUUUUAAAAUUCAUUGUCUGAAAAUGCAAAUGUUACACAUGUGUAAUAAUAAUAAUAAUAAUAAUA